AUGGACGAUGACUGCAGAUAUAAAAAUUGCAGCAAAAACAUUGAGUUAGAAUCUCUCUCUAUGGGAACCAUUGAAAUAGAAGCAAGACCAAAACUAGAUGAGAAAGUAAUCAAAGAGCAGACUAUGAUCGACGAAGGCGAGCUCUCCCCGAUUGAAGAAGUUCGUCUAACAGUGCCUAAUACCGAUGACCCUUCACUCCCAGUAUGGACUUUCCGGAUGUGGUUCCUGGGUCUCUUCUCUUGUGCGCUUCUGUCAUUCCUGAACCAGUUCUUCGGCUACCGAUCGGAACCGCUCGUCAUCACCCAAAUAACUGUCCAGGUUGCGACCCUCCCCAUCGGAAGGUUCAUGGCUUCUGUACUUCCUACGACUAAGUUUCGUAUCCCUGGAUAUGGUUCAAGGGAGUUCUCGCUUAACCCGGGACCUUUUAACAUGAAGGAGCACGUUUUGAUUACCAUAUUUGCUAACGCUGGGAGUGCUUUUGGGGACGGUACUGCUUAUGCUGUUGGCAUUGUCACCAUUAUCAAAGCAUUUUAUGAGAGGAGUAUCUCUUUCUUGGCUGGUUGGCUUCUUAUCAUUACUACACAGGUUAUGGGAUAUGGUUGGGCAGGGCUCCUGAGGAAGUAUGUGGUUGAGCCGGCGCAUAUGUGGUGGCCCUCUACCCUUGUUCAAAUUUCUCUCUUCAGGACUUUGCAUGAAAAGGAAGAAAAUGAUGGCAAGCGCCGCAUAUCACGAGUGAAAUUCUUUAUGAUUGCCUUAGUUUGUAGCUUCUGCUGGUAUGUGUUCCCAGGGUACCUCUUCCAAACCUUGCAAAGCAUCUCCUUGGUGUGCUUGGCCUUCCCCCAUUCAGUAACUGCCCACCAAAUCGGCUCAGGCAUGAGUGGUCUUGGCUUAGGGGCCUUUACACUUGACUGGACAACAGUAGCCUCCUUCUUGUUUAGCCCACUUAUUUCUCCCUUCUUCGCCAUUGUAAAUGUCUUCCUAGGAUAUGCCUUGAUGAUUUAUCUAGUGAUACCAGUAUCUUACUGGGGGCUAAACCUGUACAAUGCAAAAACUUUUCCCCUACUUUCGACUGACUUGUUCACAUCACAAGGUCAGUUGUAUAACAUUACAAUGAUUGUUAACGACAAAUUCAAGCUAGAUUUGCCACAAUAUGAGAAGUUAGGAAGGAUCCAUUUGAGCACUUUUUUCGCUCUCACCUAUGGAUUUGGGUUCGCCACUAUUGCAGCCACAGUAACACAUGUGGCUCUGUUCUAUGGAAGGGAAAUUUAUAGUAGAUUCAAAGCUUCUUCGAGGGAAAAGGCCGAUGUACACACUAGGUUGAUGAAGAACUAUAAGGACAUACCUUCAUGGUGGUUUUAUUUGCUUCUUAUAGUUUCAAUUAUUAUUGGUCUUGCACUCUGCAUCGUCCUUAAAAAGGAUGUCCAAAUGCCUUGGUGGGGACUGAUAUUUGCCGCUGUUUUUGCCUUCUUUUUCACCCUGCCUAUCAGCAUUAUAACCGCCACUACAAAUCAAUCACCAGGGCUAAAUAUCAUUACAGAGUACAUAAUGGGAGCAAUAUUGCCUGGAGAACCAAUAACCAAUGUCUGUUUUAAGACCUAUGGAUUCAUAAGUAUGGCUCAGGCAGUUGCUUUUCUUAGUGAUUUCAAGCUCGGCCAUUACAUGAAAAUCCCUCCGAGAUCUAUGUUCCUGGUUCAGUUCAUUGGGACCGUUUUAGCAGGAACAAUUAACCUUGGUGUGGCCUGGUGGCUUCUAACUUCUGUCGAACACAUAUGCCAGCGACAUCUUCUACCAGCAAAUAGUCCUUGGACAUGCCCUGGAGACAGAGUCUUCUUUGAUGCCUCUGUUAUCUGGGGUUUGGUUGGACCUAAGCGAAUUUUUGGCUCCCUCGGACAGUACUCAGCACUGAACUGGUUCUUCCUGGGAGGACUUUUGGGACCAGUUGUCGUAUGGCUCUUGCACAAGGCGUUUCCCAGUCAGACUUGGAUUCCCCUUGUCAAUCUGCCAGUGCUUUUAGGAGCAACUGGCAUACCACCAGCAUCACCAGUGAACUAUACUUCCUGGAUUUUGGUUGGAACUAUCUUCAACUUCUUCGUCUUCAGGUAUCGAAAGCAGUGGUGGCAAAGGUAUAACUACAUUCUCUCAGCAGCACUGGAUGCAGGAGUAGCAUUCAUGACAAUCCUACUUUACUUUGCAUUGGGCAUUGAGAAUAAGAGUGUGAACUGGUGGGGUGCCAGUCCUCAUAAUUUUCCAGAGCAUUGUGAUCUAGCAACUUGCCCCACUGCAAAGGGGAUAUCAGUAGAUGGGUGCCCAACCUUUUAAGUUUCAUAUUUCCUUGUUAUGUUCAUACUUAAUCAUAGUGUACUCUAUUAGAAUAUGCUACUUUAUUGUUCCGAAAGUCUC